UUGUGUUGUUCGCAUUUUACUGUUCACGCACGGACUUCUUGCUUCGUCGCAGGAAUUUUUCUGGAAAAACGAGGGAUAAAUUGUUUCAAUAGUAAUUAAAUUGCACAGCUACUGGUGAGAAAGUUGCGGAAAUUUAUAAGGAACCGAUUUAGUGUAAAUUUUUUAGCAGAACAGCGUUGCAAAGAUCAAAACUCGAGAAGGAAAAAAGGAGAUGUCAAUUUUGGAACCAGUUUGAGGGAACCAACACACUGAGCUCGAACGAGAAGUAAAAAAUAUUUUGUAAUUUUCUGUAUUGAUUUAAAGCGACAAAAUCCAUCAAAAUGGUGUUAGCGGAUCUCGGGCGAAAAAUCACGAAUGCUUUGCAUUCGCUGAGCAAGGCUACGAUCAUCAAUGAAGAGGUUCUCGAUGCUAUGCUCAAGGAGAUCUGCAUGGCCCUGCUGGAGGCCGAUGUGAACAUCCGACUGGUGAAGAAGCUGCGGGAGAAUGUGAAAUCGGUUAUCGAUUUCGACGAAAUGGCCGGAGGUCUGAACAAACGGCGGAUGAUACAGUCGGCCGUCUUUAAGGAACUGGUCAAGCUGGUCGAUCCGGGUGUUAAGCCCUAUCAGCCAGUCAAGGGCCGUCCCAAUAUUAUCAUGUUUGUCGGGUUGCAGGGUUCCGGUAAAACGACCACCUGCACCAAGCUGGCCUACCACUACCAGAAGAAGAACUGGAAGUCGUGUCUGGUGUGUGCGGAUACUUUCCGUGCCGGUGCUUACGAUCAGAUCAAGCAGAACGCCACCAAAGCUCGUAUUCCCUUUUACGGUAGCUACACCGAAGUCGAUCCGGUUGUGAUUGCCCAAGAUGGUGUGGAGAUGUUUAAGAAGGAGGGCUUCGAGUUUAUCAUUGUCGAUACCAGUGGUCGGCACAAGCAGGAGGAAUCGCUGUUCGAGGAGAUGUUGGCCGUUGCGACGGCUAUCAAGCCGGAUAAUAUUAUCUUCGUGAUGGACGCUACGAUUGGACAGGCUUGCGAGGCUCAAGCUAAGGCCUUCAAGGAGAAGGUAGACAUCGGGUCCGUGAUCAUUACCAAGCUGGAUGGACACGCCAAGGGAGGUGGUGCGCUGUCGGCUGUGGCGGCAACCAACUCGCCGAUCAUCUUCAUCGGAACCGGAGAGCACAUUGACGAUUUGGAACCGUUCAAGACGAAACCCUUCAUCAGCAAGCUGCUUGGAAUGGGUGACAUCGAGGGGCUGAUUGACAAAGUUAACGAGCUGAAUCUGGACGACAACGAAGAGUUGAUUGACAAAAUCAAACACGGACAGUUCACGAUACGGGACAUGUACGAGCAGUUCCAGAACAUCAUGAAGAUGGGACCGUUCUCGCAAAUUAUGGGCAUGAUCCCAGGCUUCUCGCAGGACUUCAUGACCAAGGGUGGGGAGCAGGAAUCGAUGGCCCGCAUCAAGCGCCUCAUGACCAUGAUGGAUUCGAUGUCCGAUGGGGAGCUAGACAACAAGGACGGGGCGAAGCUGUUCAGUAAACAGCCAACCCGGGUGAUCCGCGUGGCGUCAGGGUCGGGUGUAACGGAGCGGGACGUGCGGGAUCUGAUCUCGCAGUACACCAAGUUUGCUGCAGUCAUUAAGAAAAUGGGCGGCAUCAAGGGUCUGUUCAAGAGUGGCGAUAUGGCGAAAAACGUUAACCCCACGCAGAUGGCUAAGCUCAAUCAGCAGAUGGCCAAGAUGAUCGACCCCCGGAUGUUCCAGCAGAUGGGCGGCAUGAGUGGGCUGCAGAACAUGAUGCGGCAGCUGCAGCAGGGUGCCGGCGGGCUGCAGAACCUGAUGGGCGGAUUCGGUAAGUCUUGAACAGCUGGUUCGGUGGUUUCGAUUUUAGCCGAGUCCUUCCCCUUUUUGGAAAAGGACAGGAUGUCAGAUUUAUUUUCUCCUUCUCUGGAUAGUGUUUGUAUUGUGUUGUAGGAAGUUAAUUUUUUUUAUUUGAAUUGUUUAUCUACAUAUAACGGAAAUCGUAUUACGAUCGGAUAGUGCGCGGUCAGAAGUGCUCGGUAGAAAAUAAACUAGUUCUAUCGUAAUUGUA